AUGCCUAUGUUCAGUCCCAAAGCCAGUGAUGGCGAACCUUCUAGAGCUUUCAGUGGUGCAGUCAGCCGGCUGUGUGGGCCAUCGGCUCCUGAUAGUCUUGUGUCGUGCCAGGAAGUAGCCUUAAGACUAAGGCUAGUGGGAGGCCCGGCUGAGAUUCAUAGGCGAGUGCGCGGCCUGCCCGCUCGAGUACUUCUGUCGCAAGGCUCAGCACGUCGCCUCUCGCCAGAGUCCUUUCGGCACGUGCCCUCCCCCUUCCCGAUUUUACUUUUAAUUGUCAGAGAGCCGGAAGGAGGACUUCCCGUGGACGUCACCGUGAGGCCCUUCUCGCUCCGCGUGGUCAGCCCCGAGGGCUGCACCGAGGUCGCGCUGCCAGCAGGGGUCAGGCUUGCGCCGUCCUCCUGCCGCGGGCUGAGCUACGUCUCCGGGGACGGGCUGCACCUGCGGCUGCAGGCGCGGGCGGAGCCCAGCGCCACGCUGACUUCAGACUUUCACCAAAGCUCCCCAGCCCAAGCAUGCUGCACAUUUUACUGCCAGUGCUGCGGCGAAGUCCUAAUCAAGGACAGGACACUUCUCAGGGUUCUCCCACUCCCCAGUGAGAACUGGGGCGCUCUGGUUGGAGAGUGGUGCUGCCACCCUGACCCCUUUGCCAAUAGGCCGCUUCACCCGCGAGAGAACGACUGUUUCACUGGAGACUCCUUCUUUUUGGUGAAUUUAAGAAGCAAUGUGUGGCAGGAACCAAAAGCAAAUACCAAAGUAAUUUGUAAGCGUUGCAAGGUAGUAUUGGGAGAGAUUGUGUCAUCAGAAACUACUAAGUUUUACAAGACAGAGGUAAUUAUUCAGCCAUCUGAGAGGAGCUUUCCCAUCAUUCCAAGGUCUCAGUUUGUCGAGAGUGCGGUUGCGCAGUGUCUGCAGGAGCUGUCCUCGGCUAGAAGCACAUUUAGGUACACCGUUCAGGGCCAGGAGGGCAAAGUGUACGUCCUGCUUUGGCUUUUAAAUUUAGACAGUUUGGUGGUUGACUCUUUGAGAAGUUCCAAGCAUAUCAAAAAGUUCCCUUUAUUCGAAGACACAUUGAAAUCAAGCUCCAGUUCUGCCCGGAAUGCUGUCAAAGUCCUUUACCAGCCAUGCAUCAGAAGUAGGAAUGAAAAGCUUGCCAGUCUGUGGGAAAGUGACAUCAGCGUCCACUCUUUGACCCUGCCCUCUGCGACCUGCCUGGAGCUGCUGCUGAUACUGUCGAGAAGCAAUGCCAUGCUGCCUCCGUCCCUGCGCCAGAUGAACUCCUUCCAGGUGGCCUUUCUGAAGAUGUAGCUGUUGGAGCUGAGCAUUCUGCUGCCCAGCAAACAGCUGUCCCUGACGGAGCACCCUGAAGGCCCUCAGCUCUGCAGGCACCAGUCACAAAGGCGCGAGCCGGAAGUGCACACUGGGCAUGUUUCACUGAAGUUUUGAAUGUUCUUGUUGGCAUAUAUUCUUCAUACACGCUUUGGAUCUCUAAAAUCCAGGGCUGUGAAGAAAGUUGUAAUAGGAGGUUGUCAGCAGGUUAAAUACAGAAUUUUCAUCUCUGCUCCCCACAGAGAGUAAUAUUCAAAUCUCUGCUGUGUCAGCACCACCUGGAACCAUAUGAGCUAAUGGAGACCCAUCUGUCCUGUGCAGGGUACAGCAAGGGACUUACUGGUGGCACUGAGUAUUAGCUGCUGUAAAUCUGAGGAAAUAAAGUUUAAAGAGCUUCUUAGGUUUGUUUAAGACAAUUUAAACACACACACACA